CCAGGCCGUGCAGCUGCAGCCAUCCCUGUCUUGGCCGCAGGACCGACUCACUGUUUUCCUGUUGUACCACAAGCUAUUCUGGCUUGGCCCCGAUUGUAGCGAACCCAGGGCAGUGCGAAAAUGUGUAGCGGCGGCGAUACUGCACUACAUCUGACACAUCUGCAAUAGUUAAUUGGCCGCAGGAUCGCAAGGGGACUUCGCCCUCCGGACUCGGGUCGCCAGGUGCUCCGCCCCGUUUUUUCUUAAGGAGAAAAGGGACUCAGCGCAGGAAUGCCGUGGACUCGUUUUGUGCCAGUGCCAGUGAAGCCCUUCAAUUAGCCGAGCCAGCGAGACAGUCGGUAGAUACACUGCCCUCCAGUUGGCAGGACAACCACAACAGAUCCCAGUUUCGCAGGACAGGGUCCGCCAAAAAUAGGUCCGCCGGAAUGAGGGUGGCGGCGGACAUGGUGUACGACUACGGCAGCGAGGAGGCAAUGGGCACCACCCACCUGGACUGGCCCUUCCUCAUCAAGGGCAUCCUGGAGGGACAGACGUGCACGCCCAGUGCGCCGGAGCCGCUGGCCGCCAUCCUGUGGGCCAUCUUCGCCGUCUUCGGCAUCGUCUACGCCCUGCUCGGCUACCGGUGCCUGCGCGCCGUGGGCUUCCUCAGCGGACUGAUGGUGGGCGCCAACGGCAUCUUCAUCCUGCAGGACUUCCAGAUCACCUUCCUGGGCAAGCCGGCGGACUCGGCGCUGGCCAUAGUGGCCGGGCUGCUGGGCGCCGUCCUCGGUUCCACCUACCCAGUGGCCUCUGUGCUGAUUAGCGCCUUCGCCGGAGCCCUGCUCUCCGGCGCCGCCAUGGCCGUGUGCGUGGCCACCUUUCCGGACAACGAGUUCGGGUACCGCGAGAUCUAUGUGGCCGUGGUGGGCGGCGCCGUCAUCUGCUCCGUGCUGACCCUGUGCUGCGUCAAGUACGUGACCAUCCUCACCUCCAGCAUUGUGGGCACGGCCAUGAUCCUCAGCGCCAUCGACUUCUUCAUGCACGGCCUGGAGACCAUCAAUUGGAUCAUCGGCAUGCGACCGCAUCCCUUGCCGCCACCCUGCUACGGCGGCCUCCUGAUCGCCGCCUGGCCCGUCACCAUCGUCCUCAGCAUCAUGGUGCAGUGCUUCAUCACCGCCUGGCGCGUGGACCACCGCAAGCGGGUCUACAUGCGGCACCACAACCACCCCGGCCACGCCCACGGCGCCCACCUGCCGCACAGCCAGCAGCAGGCGGGACCGGGCCACGCCCUCGCCCCCGUCCGGCGGUCGCAGUCGCGCACCCGGGAGACGCGCGAGGAGGCCAGGCAGCGCAAGUUCCGCUACCUCUACCAGGUGCGCACGGCCCGCGGCGACAUCAUAUCGCAGAACUUCGUUUCGGCCCUGCAGAAGCGCAUCCAGCUGAGCGGCACGGAGACCCCAUCCGAGCGCUCGAUCAAGAGCAGCUCCAACGAGCGGAACACGUUCCGCAGCGACCGCACGCACUUCACCACCAUCCACGACCCGGACUCGGAGCUGUGCGACAAGAUCGAGAUCGUCCGUGACAUUGGAUAACAAACAAGCAACAGCUACAUGUAACUAUACCCGUAAGGGGGCUACGGGCUGCGGUACUUGGGCGCGGACGGGACUCGGGUCGGGGGAUUGGCCUGGAGCAGCCAGGGGCCUAGGACGGCGGAGAGGGAUGACACACAAGUACGGUUGCAUGUAGACUUGGUAGAUGAGGCACAAAGUGCCAGACACACCGGCAGCGGAAACGGAAACGGGACAGAGUGGAGGCGGACUAUUGGAAGCUUUAAAUAUCUGAGGAUAUGCACGGAUCUGGCGCUGGUUGCUCGCGCGUCGGAGCACUUUGGAGAGAUCGGCGGGACAGGAAGUAGUAGGCUAAGAUUAGUUGCGUCGUGCACAGCUAGAGUGUAAGGUAUCCGCGGUCGGGAAGCUUUCGUUCUCCUCACUUAUUCGAAUGUUACUAACGAUACAAAUACUCACUACGCAAGGCGAUGUCAAGAGCAGAUGGGGCUCACCAGCCGGCACCUGCGAGGGAUGAAUGCCCUACUGUGGAUCUUGGGCACUGCGUAUUGCUGCAACUCAAACUAAACCUAACCAAGUACCAGGUACCAAUAACGCCUCUCCCACUUCGAGUGCAGCCAGGCAGCCGCAAUUACUAAUCAGUUCAUAUCUGUGUUAUAAUUAUACGAGGGUAGAGACGACUCGAGCGGCAGGAGGCUCGCGAUUAGAGCGUUGGCAUUUCGUUCCAUUACAACUAUCAAUAAAUAGGCCUAAGGAUUGCGUUGCAAGCACACGUUGCAGUUUCCCGAAGCCCCCACAAAACACAAUACAAUACCUAUUAAGUACAAUAACAGCGGGAAGGUCGGGAAACGCGUGCGACCCAUACUCGAUUUUAGUACGACAUUCGGACUGCGAUCCUGUACAGUUGGAGCCAUAGCCAGGUAGAGGAGGUAGGAGGUAGACCUAAGCCAAAGCUAAGCCAUUUCAUUGUCGAUAUAUGGUAACUCACAAUCGCUGCAGGGCAGGGGAACUUGAGGUCCGACCAAGUCAAAAUUCAGCAUUGAACCCCCUAACGAUCCGCUCGAUCAGCCGUCUUAGCAUUAUCCUUAAGAUUAACGUUCGAAACACAUAUAUAUAUAUAUAUUAUAUACCUAUAAUAAGACAUUAGAUCCAUGCAAACAGCGGUACAAAGUAAAAAAAAAGAUUCACGCGAUAAUGCUAGCCGAGACAUACCAAGUUAAGUGAUAUGCAACCAUUUUGAACUGUCUAGUUAAGGGGCCUAAGCGCAGUACUUGCUCAUCCAAGAAGUACGCUUCUAGUAGGUCUUAGCGGUCUUCCACACUUUCUCCUUUCAAAGAAUUGAAUAGUCUAUUAUCUAAUCACACAAAUAUAAUGCUAACUAGUAGGACUUUUCAAAAACUUUUGUACACCAUCAUGCCGUAGUUGCAGAACAGGUUGGGCUCAUUAACUAGACAAUUACAACAGAGAGUAUAAAAACAAAUAAUUAAAUAGAUUUAGAAACGAAGAGCCCAGAGAGGUAUCCAAGCCUUCAAGGAUUGGACAUUGCCAGGCAGAGACUUCCAUAUCGGUCGGUUUGUUUCCAAAUCACACAACUCAAGUUUCCUGUUUUGUUGUUUGACGCUUUGUUUUUAGGAAUUGCUGCCGUCCGCAAUUGUUGAUUUUAAGCUAUCCCAAAACAAAACUGUAAAGCGACAGAAACGUCAAAGUUCUUGCGGAUUUUUUGAAACUGGAAAGAAUGUGUCACUUUGACACAUAAAGUAAUCGAUAUCGAUACAUGACAUGUGUCAUUUUGGCACUUAAAGCAAAGGAUGACAUUUAUCAAUCAAAUGUCAAAAGUCGAUUAUCGAUAACUGAAAUACAUUUUCCAAUUUGAAGUUUUCCUAAGAUUUUUGACAAGUUGCUUGCGCUAAGAUUCUAUAUCUCUCCCUAUAAAUUGUUAAUUCUGUUCCUCUCGUUGUUUUAAUGUUCAACAGCAAUGUCUAAUCGGAGGAUAAUGCCAAGGGUAUGUUUACAUUUAAGUUUGGCGAAUAAUAGAUUUUUUAAGACAAGUGUUUGACACACUUAAUCCAAUAUAAUGAAAACGGAUAAUAACUGCAAACUAAAGUAGUGGAAGUCAUAACAGAGUUGCACCUAUGUAUACACUAAUAAGAUUCAAAUAAAGUAAAUCGGAAUAUUAAAAAGGCCAAAUGCGGUUGUCGGUGCAAUUCUAGCUUUGGUGGAAAUGUUGGAAGCGACUGCUAAUAAAAAAUAAUACAAGAAAAUGUAAUAACCAAAGAGAAAACAUAUUAAAUAAACGAUGCAGGCCACACUUGUGUUUUUCUGUUAUCAGUUUCAGAUUGAUCUUUGAAAUGGGUCCCAAACAAUAAAGACUGA